AAAAGUUCGCUCGUAGUUUCAGUACUUUAUGACAGUUUAGCCUCUGAACAGCCAUGGACGAAGUGACAGGAGCUCAGCUGAUUGCCGAGUCUCUAAAAGCUCAGAAUGUGGAGUACAUGUUUGGGAUAGUUGGUGUUCCGGUCAUAGAGGUGGCCAUGGCAGCUCAGGCUGCAGGGAUCAGAUAUGUGGGAAUGCGCAACGAACAAGCGGCGUGCUAUGCGGCAUCUGCCAUUGGAUACCUCACUGGGAGACCAGGUUCCUGCCUCGUGGUGUCUGGACCUGGACUCAUUCAUGCUCUGGGUGGAAUGGCCAACGCUAACAUGAACUGCUGGCCUGUGGUUGUUAUUGGAGGCUCCACAGAUCAAAGCCUGGAAACAGCAGGAGCCUUUCAGGAGUUUCCUCAGGUGGAAGCAUGCCGCCUUUAUAGCAAGUUUUCUGCCCGACCCAGCAGUCUGGAAGUGAUCCCUUCAGUGAUAGAGAAGGCAGUUCGCACCAGCAUGUAUGGGCGUCCAGGUGCGUGUUAUGUGGAUAUUGCAGGGGACAUGGUCAAUGCUAGAGUGGACAGGAGCAAAGUCAGAGUGGUUUCCUGCUGUCCGUCUCCACCUGUGAGUUUGGCUCACCACGGUGCAAUCGCAGAAGCCUUGUCUGUCUUGAGAGCAGCGCAAAGACCCUUAGUCAUCAUUGGCAAAGGAGCAGCUUAUGGCCGAGCGGAAACGGCCCUAAGGGAGUUUGUGGAAAUCACUGGUCUGCCAUUUCUGCCCACCCCCAUGGGGAAAGGGGUCCUACCUGAUGAUCACCCCAACUGUGUGGCAGCUGCCCGCUCGAGAGCUCUUCUCGAGGCUGAUGUUGUGCUCCUGUUCGGAGCCAGGCUGAACUGGAUCCUACAUUUUGGUCUGCCACCUAGAUUCAACCCGAAUGUCAAGAUCAUCCAGGUUGACCUUUGUGCUGAGGAGAUGGGGAACAACGUGAGCCCUGCUGUUGCUCUCCUGGGAGACGUCAACGCUAUUGUCAUCCAGCUGCUGGAGGUCCUCCAUAAAGAUGGGUGGAAAUAUCCCUCUGCUACUGAGUGGUGGAGCACACUGAAGGAUAAAAUUGUUACUAAUGCAAAAAUAUCAAAGGCACUCGCUCUACAGUCAACACUGCCCAUGAACUACUACACAGUGUUUCAUCACAUCUCCCAGCUAUUGCCACAUGACUGUAUCAUCGUCAGCGAGGGAGCCAACACUAUGGACAUUGGACGCACUAUGUUGAACAACCGCCUCCCUCGACACAGGCUGGAUGCUGGCACGUUUGGAACAAUGGGAGUCGGCCUUGGCUUUGCUAUAGCAGCAGCCUGUGUGGAGAGGAGUGAGCAGUCAAACCAAAGGAUCGUCUGUGUGGAAGGAGACAGUGCCUUUGGGUUUUCUGGCAUGGAAGUUGAAACCAUGUGCAGGUAUAAUCUACCUGUGAUCAUCAUUGUGGUCAAUAAUAAUGGAAUUUACAACGGAGUGGAUGUUGAGACGUGGAAAGAAAUGGCAAAAAUGGGAGAUCUGACCUCUAUUGCCCCUCCCGUGACCCUCCUACCUGAGGCACGCUAUGACGAAGUCAUGACAGCGUUUGGAGGUCGUGGGUUCCUGGUGAGGACGGUGGAGGAGCUGCGCAGUGCUUUACAGCUCAGCCUGAGUGACUGGGAGAGGCCAAGUCUCCUAAAUGUGCUCAUUGAGCCUUCCUCCGACAGAAAACCGCAGGUAACUGUCACUUGUCGGGAAUAUAUAUUCCCAGUCAUCCUCAGAAGUACAGGUUAAAAUGAAAGAAAAUCCACUGUAGUUUUAUUGUGAAGAUUGAAUUCCCCAGUUGUGGGAAUACCACGCCCCCUGGUGCGUGAGCAUGGAAUUUAUGCUGCAGUGACACUUUCCUGCUUCUUAAAACGCAGUUGUGUCUGUUUUUCUCCAACAUGGUCAAUGCCCUAUCCCUGGGAGCCGGGACUUCCUCUGGCAGAGGACACGUAUGAAUGGUUACACGGUCCUCAUUUAGAUGGAGGCAUGGCACCUCCUCCGGAUAAAGGUUGAGGGUUUCCCGUUUUAGAACAGAAUGCCUUUACCUGCAUAAUAUAUUUCCAUAGCUAAAUCCAAAUGUUCAGAAUUCUGUGCCGACACAGAUUGGCCAACCUUGUGGGCAAGGCCAGGACCUAAACUGCCUCAAUGUUUUCGCAGACUACCAGAGAUUCAGGUUUAAUGGGUCUAGAACGACUGAGAUCUUAAGUCUCGUCUGAUGACAUGAGGACUUCAGUCAGGUGAUAGUACCAAAAGCUGCAAGAUGGAUUCAGCCGCUGUGUCAUGUUUACCUGGUGCCCCCUAGGAGGUGGAACAGAAAGGAGAUGUACAAGGACUCCAAUAAUAUUAGAUGGUCACAGCAGCAAAACCGGGCGGGAUUAAAGCCGACAGCACCUCGGUUCAUGAGUAGUGCAGUGCAGAAAACCGCCUGGUGUUUACUUGGCUCUCGUCUCAUCUUUGUAGGGCUGCGUGACCGACAUGCCUUAGUGAACACUAAUCCACACACCCCAGGUGCACCGCAGAACUGUUGUAUUCCUCUCACAAUCCCUCCACCUCCCACUAACCUGACCUUUCUAUUUCAGGGUCCCCAUAAUUAGAAUGCAUGGCCCUCUGUUUAUGUUGAAUGUAUCCAUGCAACCCUUCGCAGACAUGUUUGAAGGUUGUAUUGAGGGCUGUAUCCAUGGUGCUGAGCUCUCUGUGACCAGGAGAAAGAAUUAUCACCUGAAGACAUGUGCUGCCCUUAUUGUUUGCCUCCUAACUGUUAGUCACAUUUAGGUUUAAAGUUUAGGCACUGGAGGAAGAUGAACUAUUCAUGUUGUCUAGUAAAAGUCACUUUUUGAAUGUGGACACUAAAUGGACUCAACAUUGACCUUCACCUCUAAUAUCUCUAUCAUCUAAUAUAAUGCUGUCUUGUCUGCAGGAGUUCCCGUGGCUCACACGCUCCAACUUAUAGACUGAAAGAGGGAUCUGCCUCCUCCCGUGUCCAGAACAUUAUCAGAACAGCGGUGACUGUUUUUCUCAGGAAACUCAAACUGAGAAUAUAUAUAAAUAGGUUGUGAUUGUUUCCAUGAAAUACAUUUUUUUUUAUUAAUUCUUACUAGGCAGGAGUAGAACCCUGAAGAAAAUUAUUAAUAGUACAAUUAAAAACAAUUUAAAUACGCUGAA